ACGAAUUUCAUAAAACUCCAAGCAACACUAAAAAAUCACAUUUUUAAAAAAUAAAUUACUAUUUUUUUUUAUAGAUUUUUCUUUUUCUUUUUUUAUCGUUUUUGUUCUUUUUCUCUUUACAGCUCAUUGCCUGCGUUCCAGUUUCCCUUCACAGAUCGAUUCAAUCUCAAAAAAGGUCACAUAUUUCUUUCCUUCACACCACUCCAGAUGGCAGCAUGGAUCGGAUAACCAAUGCCACAGCUAGGGAGCAUCGUGGGGGGUUGGUGUAUCAGAUGAUUUGAGGUAGCCAUAUUAUGCAUGAUCAGUGCCACUAUGUGCAUCUGUCUGCUAAAAUGUCAAGCGCCAUGCUUCUUUACGUUCUACCUCUCUAUAUCCUAUUGCACAGAACAGUAGCGAUCAGUCCAGAUGGUGAGGCACUUAUAAGCUUCAGAUCAGCAGUUGUUAGCUCAGAUGAUAUCCUUACUCAAUGGAGACCAGAGGAUCCUGAUCCAUGUAAAUGGAAGGGAGUGACAUGUGACAAUAAAACUAAGAGAGUAAUUACUUUGAGUCUUACCAAUCACAAAAUAAGUGGACCCAUAUCCCCUGAACUUGGGAAGCUGGAGCAUUUAAGGCUUUUAAUGCUUCAUAAUAAUAACUUUUAUGGGACAAUUCCUCCAGAACUGGGAAAUUGCACAGAGUUGCAGGGAAUAUAUUUGCAGGGUAACUACUUAAGUGGAUUAAUACCAAGUGAAUUGGGAAACCUAACUGGACUUGAAAAUCUGGAUAUCUCAAGCAACUCUCUCAGUGGAUACAUCCCUCCUUCACUUGGGAAGUUAAAUAAGCUGAGUACAUUCAAUGUGUCAAACAAUUUUCUGGUUGGGCCCAUACCAACAGAUGGAGUGCUUAGCAACUUCCCAGAAGGCUCUUUCAUUGGAAAUCGUGAUCUGUGUGGAAAACAAAUUAAUGUGGCCUGCAAAGAUGAUGGAAGUGGCAAAACACAUACUGAAUCUCCGACAUCAGAUCAUAACCUAGGUGGGAAGAAAAAUUCUGGAAGGCUUCUUAUUAGUGCAUCAGCAACUGUUGGUGCCCUGCUUUUGGUAGCACUGAUGUGUUUCUGGGGGUGCUUCCUUUAUAAGAAGUUUGGUAAAAAUGAGGGGAAAAGCCUUGCCAUGGAUGUUAGUGGAGGGACAUCAAUUGUUAUGUUCCAUGGAGAUUUGCCAUACUCUUCAAAGGACAUCAUUAAGAAGUUGGAAACUUUGAAUGAGGAACAUAUCAUUGGUGCUGGGGGCUUUGGAACAGUCUACAAGCUUGCAAUGGAGGAUGGCAAUUUGUUUGCCUUGAAACGAAUUGUCAAGAUGAAUGAGGGAUUUGAUCGAUUUUUUGAAAGAGAGCUUGAAAUUCUCGGAAGCAUUAAACAUCGUCACCUUGUAAAUUUGCGAGGAUACUGUAAUUCUCCCACGUCAAAGUUGUUAAUUUAUGAUUUCCUAGCUGGUGGUAGCCUUGAUGAAGCUCUUCAUGAAAAAUCUGAGCAAAUGGACUGGGAUGCUCGCUUGAAUAUUAUCAUGGGAGCAGCAAAAGGGCUUGCAUAUUUACAUCAUGACUGUUCUCCAAGGAUCAUACACCGUGACAUAAAGUCAAGCAAUAUUUUGCUUGACGCUAAUAUGGAAGCUCGAGUAUCUGACUUUGGGCUUGCCAAACUUUUAGAGGAUGAAGAAUCUCAUAUUACGACAAUAGUUGCUGGAACUUUUGGUUACUUGGCUCCAGAAUACAUGGUAAGUGGUAGGGCAACUGAAAAGACCGAUGUGUAUAGUUUUGGGGUUCUGAUGCUUGAAGUUUUGAGUGGGAAGAGACCUACUGAUGCAUCAUUCAUUGAGAAGGGACUCAACAUUGUUGGCUGGUUAAAUUUCUUGAUUACCGAGAAUAGGCAACGAGAGAUUGUUGAUCGAAACUGCGAGGGAGUGCAGGCAGAAAGCUUUGAUAUUUUGCUUUCACUAGCCAUCCAAUGUGUUUCUUCAACCCCAGAGGACCGACCCACCAUGCACAGGGUGGUGCAGUUGCUUGAAUCUGAGGUCAUGACCCCAUGUCCCAGUGAUUGUUACGAUUCCAACUCAGAUUGAGUACCAGCAUCCAUGUUGUCACUGUUUCUCCCAAUUUAGAAAAAAGGUAAAAGAAGGCACCUCUAAAUCUGCAACAGCUUCAGUCUCAAUUUAAUUCAUUCUUUCAGCAGAUAAGUGAGAAAAUGCACCUCUUGAUCUGUUUGAUCUCAAUCUGAUCCGUUGGAUGGAACCAUAUUUUGGGCGCGUUUUCCUUCUGUUGUCCUCACUUUCCACAGGUGCAUGCAGGCUUUCAUUUCUCUUAAGUAAAUGGAACUUCCCUCUUGUGGUAUGAGUCGGUUCUUUAUCUCUCUCUCUAUAUUUUUUUUCUCGCUCUUGCUUAAUGAAAUUUGUUAUCUCCUUACACAUUUGUCCCAGAUUUAAGUGUAUAGGACCAUUGUAUAAAUUGAGCACAUUAUGCCUCUCAGUAGAUUCUUCUUGUUUAAGCCAUUUUUGUAAAUUAUGGUAAUAAGUUCUUUGGAUGUGUCAUGGGUGCAGAUUCCCAUCUGUUCGCACUGUAGUCCUUACUGGCUAAAGGCUGAACCUCAUUUUUUUUUCAGUCUUACAUUGCUCUGUGGCUGUCUUCUGCCUUCCUAGGGAAGUAGAUCCAAACAUGCAAUUUUGGGUAUGCCACUCUGCCUUGGAAAAUUGUUUAGAAUUGGAAGUAAUCCCAUAUUCCCCUGACCCUUGCCAUGCAAUU